CGCAGAGCCGUCCUCGGUGGCGGCGACGACGGCGACGUUGCUCAGUCUUGGUGUGGGCUCGGCGGUGCGGGGCGAGCUGCGUGGAGGGCUCGGCGGUCACCGGCGGCGGCGGCAGUGGGGAGGCCGCAGCGCCAUGGGGGGGCGUUAGGCUGCGGCGGGUGAGGCGAGGGGCGGCAGCGGUCAUCUGGUCCGCGGCGACCUUCGGCCGGGCCCCGGGGUGGGAAGGCCUGGGGCGGGGGUCGUCCCUGGUUGCAGGGGGCCGCGGGGCGGGGCUCGCCGGCUGUCGGGGUGCAGGAGGCCUGGGCCGCUGAAAGGAGGAGGCGCCGCCAGCCGCCAGGCCCUGCCGCUGGGCCGCUUGACGACGACGCUCCCGCGGGGGCCCCGCCUGAGGAGGACGCGGCGGCGGUGGCGGCGAGGCCGCGGGAGGCCGCGGAGGAUGGAGGAGCGGAAGGAGGAGGGCGAGGCCGAGAUCCAGGAGCACGGACCCGAGCACUGGUUCUCCAAGUGGGAGCGGCAGUGCCUGGCCGAAGCCGAGCAGGACGAGCAGCUGCCCCCCGAGCUGCAGGAGGAGGCGGCGGCCGCCGCGCAGCCCGAGCACAAGCAGCAGAAGCUGUGGCACCUCUUCCAGAACUCGGCCACCGCCGUGGCCCAGCUCUACAAAGACCGAGUGUGUCAGCAGCCAGGACUUUCUCUCUGGGUCCCCUUCCAAAACGCAGCCACCGCCGUCACCAACCUCUACAAAGAAAGCGUGGAUACCCAUCAACGAAGUUUUGAUAUUGGAAUUCAGAUUGGCUAUCAGCGACGCAAUAAGGAUGUGUUGGCUUGGGUUAAAAAACGCAGAAGAACUAUUCGUCGAGAAGAUUUGAUCAGCUUCCUGUGUGGAAAAGUUCCUCCACCACGAAACUCUAGAGCUCCCCCAAGACUGACUGUAGUGUCCCCUAACCGAGCUACUUCAACGGAAACUAGCUCAUCUGUAGAGACUGAUUUGCAACCCUUCCGGGAAGCCAUAGCUCUGCAUGGUCUUAGUGGUGCAAUGGCUAGUAUAAGCGUGCGUUCGAGUACCCCAGGCUCUCCUACACAUGUAAGCAGUGGAUCGAAUGCUAGUCGAAGGAGAAAUGGACUCCAUGAUGUCGAUUUGAACACUUUCAUAUCAGAAGAAAUGGCACUCCACUUGGACAAUGGUGGAACUAGAAAGCGUACCUCAGCCCAGUGUGGCGAUGUCAUUACAGACUCACCAACCCAUAAACGCAACAGAAUGAUCUAAACUGCAAACAUUUUCACACCCACCAUGCUGCUUGAAAGCCACUUGAUCCUCAACAUAUACUGUAAUUGCAAAGGAAACAUGAGGCCAUCUUCCCUUGUUCACUGUUUAAGACAAGUGAAUUCUAUAGUGGUUGCCAUAAAAGGAAGUUCUAGGUAUUUAUAUAGUAGAUGCCUCUUGUAAUUAUGGCUUUCUUAAAACUAUAAUCCUAGCAGAGGACAUCAGAUAUUGUGUAGUCGUUAGCAAGAUCAUCAUAGGCAAACAUAUAUCCGUUCCAAGGCUAAAAGUGACCUUAACUGUAUUUAUUCUCAAAGGGAAAGGAAAUAUCAGAUGUUUAUUUGGUUAUAGAAUGCUUUUUUCUUUUUUUGAGGGUCCAUUUCCUGCUGUGUUGAGUAUUUUGCUUCAGCAGUAUUGCCAGGUUCCUAAAAUUGUCUAAAAACAUGAUUUGGCUUCCAUUUUUGCAGCUGCACUGUACCAUGCACCUGGUUUCUAUAUAGUAACAGUGUGCAAUUCUAAUUAUUGGACUGUGCCCUGUUUUUAGUUUUCAAAGCAGUUUCUAAUUCUGGUGAUUGUGUGAUGUAAAGAGGUGCUAUGAUGGUCAUGCAAUUAAUACUAAAUAUUGAAUCAAUGCACAGAGCUUUAUUGGAUUCACUUUGUGUGUGUUAGUGCUCUAAAGUAGCAAUAUUAUUAUUAAACUGCCCCCAGAUUAACCCUGUAGGCCUAAAGUACUCAGUUUUAAGACAAACACUACUUCCCAUGCAGGGUACUUUCCUUAUGGUAAAUGUAAACAUGUAGACUGCAUUCGAGGUGACCUAAAGUAGAGCGGUCAUGAACUUUGAGAAUGGGCUUCCUUUUUGGUUCAGUAUUAGAGGGAGAGGGAGAUGGAUGGUGGGGUAGGUUUUCUAGUCUAUCAUUUUACAUUUUUCAUGGAGUCCCUGCUUAGUGCAGUUUCCAUUGGAAUGGGUGGGAGACGACAAAGCUCUCUUUUAUCUGCUAAUAAUGUGAUUGCAACUUAAAAUAGCAAAACCCAACUCUCCCUGUCCCUCCAAUCCCUCUCCUAAAAAGUUGAGUUUGGAAUCCCAUUCUGGAAAAGAUGGAAUCGCAUGGAGAUUCUCUAGCUGUUAGGUAGACCUAAAUAAAAGUUCUCAAUAGAUUCCUCUUUUGAGUAAAUAUAAGACCUCUUGUAGCUACAAUGUUUUAGAGCAUGUUUCAUCUUCAUUUUUAAUAUCCUGAACUGAAUGAUAGUGUUUUUUUAGAUGAAGAACUGAUGUCAGCCUGCCAGGUACUGUAAUUUAUUCUAUCAUAUUAUUAUAUUAUAUAUCAAGUAGGACAGUGAAAAAUGUUUCCUUGCAAACUUGUAGUCCAGUAUCAGUUACUUCCUAUUUUUAUCCUUAGAAGACCAUUGCAAAUCAGUGUAAGGGUUUUUCCAGUAAUUACUCACAGCACUUUGUUAAAGUUUGCAAUUUCUUCAGCCAUUUAAUAAUACCUUUCUGUGAAGAAACUUUGCUGAGUUAACCAUAAAUAUUCAUUCAUUGACUGGGUGGGAUGUGAAUGGAAUGUUAGAAAUGUUGUGUGAAUUGAAGUUCUGUAUUCAUUAUAGAUGUAGCCCUUAUUUAAAAAAGUGAAUUCCAUACUAAAACUAGGAAUGAAAGAUAUUUCUAAAUUUUUGCAAAAGUGGAUCAUUUUUUGUUUGACUAUAAUAGCAGGAAGAAUUAUAGCAAUCUGUCAUAUUACGUUAGACAAGCCUAUAUGUAUUAUGAAUACUUUCAAGCUUCCCUUUGGAAUAUACAAGACAUGCAUUUGGAGUUACCUUUGUUUUUCUAUCGUUGUAAAUUUAGAUUCUGGAAUUGGGGUUUGGUGGUGCAAUGUGUUGCUCACAAGUGGCCAGAACUCCUAUUCCUAAAAGGAUUUUGAGAUGGAGGAACACAUAUUUAAUUCCCCUUUAUGCCUUGGUUCUCGUUCCUCUUUCCACGUUGGAUAACAAUUUUUUGGUUGUUUUGUUUAAGUUGGUGCUCUGAAGCUUAAUCUCAGUACCCUUUACUCUGAAUUGUCAAAUUUUGAUAAAACAUGUGCCAUUUUCUUUGGUAAGAGAAAGCAGGUCUUAAUGUCUGCCAGAACACAAUUUAUAUGCCUUAUUGGCUUCAUUAAACUUUUACAAAACUUUA